AUGCGGGGCGCGGCGCGGGCGGCCGGGGCACGCGCGGGGCAGCUGCGGCCGCGGCCCCCCGCCCCAGGCCCCGGCCCGCCGCCGCCGCUGCUGCCGCUGCUGCUGCUGCUGGCCGCGCUGCUGGCCGGCGCGGGCGCCCAGUACUCCAGCGACCGCUGCAGCUGGCGCGGGAGCGGACUGACGCACGAGGCGCACAGGAAGGAGGUGGAGCAGGUGUACCUGCGCUGCGCCGCGGGCGCCGUGGAGUGGAUGUACCCCACCGGCGCGCUCAUCGUCAACCUGCGGCCCAACACCCUGUCCCCGCUCCGGCCCCUGACGCUGUGCGUCAAGCCUCUCCAGGACGCCUCGGGGGCCAAUAUUUAUUUGGAAAAAACUGGAGAACUGAAGCUGCUGGUGCGGGACGGGGAGCCCGGGCCUGGCCAGGUGCGGUGCUUCCCCUUCGAGCAGGGCGGCCUGUUCGUGGAGGCCACUCCGCAGCUGGACAUCAGCCGCAGGGCCACCGGCUUCCAGUACGAGCUGACGGGCCACCGCGCUGGCUCCCACCUGCACGCGCCUUCCGCCGCCUGCCGACCUUGCAGCGAUGCAGAGGUGCUGCUGGCUGCCUGCACCAGCGACUUUGUCGUGCGCGGCGCCAUCCAGGACGUGUCCCAUGAGCCGGAGCGGCAGGCCUCGGCCAUCCACCUGCGAGUGAGCCGGGUAUACCGGCAGAAGAGCCGCGUCUUCCGGCCGGCGCCUGAGGGCGGCUGGCGGGGCCGAGUGAGCACACUGCUGCGGUGCGGGGUGCGGCCAGGUCCCGGCGAGUUCCUCUUCACCGGACACAUGCACUUUGGGGAGGCCCAGCUGGGCUGUGCGCCCCGCUUCCAGGACUUCCAGCGGGCAUACAGGGACGCAGAGCAGCGGGCACUGAACCCCUGCCAGGUGGGGUCUGAGGACGUGGGCCCGGCCGCCCUCGCGGGCACCUGACCCCAGGGCCACGUGGCCCAGGGCGCCCUGCCUUUGCUUGGCCGCAUGUAAAAUGCUAACUAAGUUAUUAUAUUUUUUUUAAAAAGAAGUGUCCACAGGAAAUGCCCCCGUGUGGUGAGCCGGCCCGGGCUGCCCCAGGGCCAUCUCUAGGGCAGGGAUCCAUAAAUACUCCGUGUCUUCUCCAGGCCUGGUUUGCAAUGUGCGAUCCCUGGUUCCAGGCCCACGGCCCCUCCGGAGAUUGAGACCCGCACCCAGGCUCCCGCCCAGCCCCC